AUGGAGCCAUCGGGGAAUUUACAAGUUUUAAACGCCCUCGAUGGAGCAAAAACACAAUGGUACCACUUCACGGCGAUUGUGAUCGCUGGAAUGGGGUUCUUCACGGAUGCAUAUGAUCUAUUUUGCAUCUCGCUCGUUACCAAAUUGCUUGGCCGUAUUUAUUAUUACCAAGAAGGAUCUCCAAAGCCGGGAAGUUUGCCACCUCAGGUCUCUGCUGCCGUAAAUGGUGUUGCACUCAUCGGUACCCUAGCCGGACAGUUGUUUUUUGGGUGGCUCGGUGAUAAACUAGGGCGGAAGAAAGUGUAUGGUAUCACGCUUAUGUUGAUGUGUCUUUGCUCCAUCGCUUCCGGUUUAUCAUUUGGUAGCCAACCAAAGGGGGUAAUGACCACUCUUUGCUUUUUCCGGUUCUGGUUAGGGUUCGGUAUAGGCGGUGACUACCCUCUCUCCGCCACCAUCAUGUCCGAAUAUUCUAAUAAGAAAACACGUGGCGGGUUUAUAGCCGCAGUUUUCGCCAUGCAAGGAUUCGGGAUCUUGGGAGGCGGAGUGUUUGCGAUUUUUAUUGCGGCGAUUUUCGAUAACAAUUUCAAAGCUCCACCGUACGAGGUGGAUCCAGUAAAGUCAACAGUGCCGGAAGCCGACUAUGUAUGGCGCAUUGUCCUCAUGGUCGGAGCUCUUCCAGCACUGUUAACUUACUACUGGAGAAUGAAGAUGCCAGAAACCGCCAGGUUCACCGCCUUAGUGGCUAAAGACGCCAAAAAAGCUGCUUCCGACAUGUCAAAAGUCCUCCAAGUUGACAUCGAAUCCGAGCAAGACAAACUCGACGAAGCCAUGGCCGAUACGAAAUUCAGCUACGGACUCAUAAGCAAAGAAUUCGCUAAACGCCACGGCCUCCAUUUACUUGGUACAACAAGCACAUGGUUCUUGCUUGACAUCGCGUUUUACAGCCAAAACCUCUUCCAAAAAGACAUCUUCUCCGCCAUCGGAUGGAUCCCACCCGCGAAUACCAUGAAUGCGAUCUACGAAGUUUACAAAAUCGCGCGAGCGCAAACUCUCAUCGCGCUUUGCAGCACUGUCCCCGGAUACUGGUUCACCGUAUUUCUCAUUGACCGAAUCGGUAGAUUCACAAUCCAACUAAUAGGAUUCAUCAUGAUGACAAUUUUCAUGUUUGUUUUAGCAUUCCCUUACGACUACUGGAUCCAACCCAAACACAACAUGGGUUUUGUUGUCUUCUACUCUUUAACAUUCUUCUUCGCAAAUUUCGGGCCCAAUGCAACAACAUUCGUCGUCCCAGCAGAGAUUUUCCCGGCCCGGUUGAGAUCAACUUGUCAUGGGAUAUCCGCAGCGUCAGGGAAACUCGGGGCGAUAGUUGGGGCUUUCGGGUUCUUGUACUUGGCUCAAAACAAAGAUCCUGCUAAGGCGGAUCACGGGUAUCCACCGGGCAUAGGAGUAAAGAACUCAUUGAUUGUGUUGGGUGUGAUUAACUUGUUGGGGACAUUGUGUACGUUUCUGGUGCCGGAAUCAAAGGGGAAAUCACUUGAGGAAAUGUCUGGUGAGAAUGAAGAAGAAACUGGUGAGACAAGAGCAUAAGUGUUGCUGGAGGAAACAAAUGCUGUUUUUUUGUUACAUUUUUUAUGGUGGUUUUGUCACCUUAGCUUAUUA